AUGGACAAUUACCAUGGAAUAAACGGAAACGUUUCCUUGGAUCGUCGAGGUGAAGUACCCCAGUUCACUAAUCGGUACGAUUUAUCCUUGGGAUCGGAUAAGUCAUCAUCUCUCUCUCAUUCAGAAAGGGAUGCUGGAAGCUACGAUAUCCACCAAGCUGAAGCCAGGGUGAAGAUUGAAGAGGAGAAUGCGAAUUAUAUGAGCGCCAAUAACAAUUCCCGCCAGACAAAUGGCGGAAGUACAAGUAAUACGGCAACUCUUGAGUCUCAGGAUGGUGGAGAGGCCCGUAGGAAACGAUGGCCCACUGAUAGGGCAUACUUCCUGGCUAAGGAAUUACUUAUGACGGAACGCACGUACAAACGAGACUUAGAUGUUCUCAAUAUGUGGUUCCGUGAAGAGUUGGCACCGGAUGAUGUUGAAUCCCUUCAACCGCUCUUCCAACUCAUGGAGGCCAUGAUUCAGCACCAUGGCGUGUUCUUGCGGGAUCUUGAGCAUCGGCUGGUGCUGUGGGAGGGCCGUGGAAGUCAUGAAACUCAUCGAAUUGGAGAUAUAAUGUUGAAAAAUAUGGUAGUAUUGCCACUGUAUGAGGAAUAUCUGGAAGCCCAUAGGGACAUCUUGCAUCACUUGGUGGAUUCUUUUGACAAUGACGAGCGCUUUCAGCAGCUCUACCGGGAGUUUGAGCAGCAGAAAGUCUGCUACGUUCCAGUGGGGUAUUUAUUGCUUAAGCCAUUCCACCGGCUUCUGCACUAUCAAUUGCUGCUGGAUCGUUUGCUGGAUCACUAUGGGGAGGAUCAUUUUGACAGGACGGACUGUCAUGGGGCUCUCAUGAUGCUGGGACGCACUACAGAUACAAUUAAUAGUUUGCUUCCGGAAAGUGAGAAUUAUGUGCUCCUGUGUGAGUUGCAGAGGGAUUUGGUUGGGUUUGAUCAAUUGGUGCAGCCCGGAAGGCGCUUGAUCAGGCAAGGGUGUUUGUUGAAACAUUCCAAGAGGGGCCUCCAGCAGAGGAUGUUCUUUUUGUUUUCAGAUGUUCUGCUUUACGCAAGUAAAAGUCCCGUCAAUCAAACAUUCAAAGUUCUUGGCCAUGUGCCAUUGCGUUCUCUUCUCACGGAGAAUGCUGAGCACAAUGCCUUUGUGAUUUUUGGUGGUCAGAGAGCAAUAACUGUGAGUGCUGGAACGACAGCUGAGAAGACUCUUUGGCUGGCUGAGCUGGCCAAAGCGUCUUCGGAUGCAAAAACACGUCCCCAUGUGCAACUGGCAAUGGGAUCUCUGAAGAAUUGUAGUUCUUCUGAGGAGGGCCUAGAGACUUGUGGUCUCAAUGCUGGUGCAGUGGUUCCGGGGAAGACUCCCCCGUCCAGAAGUAAUACAUCACUUCACGUUUGCUGGCACCGUGGGGCCACUGUGGGACUUCAAGAUCACUUAGUAGCGGCCAAUAAUCAACUGUCAGGAUUUCUUUUGAGAAAGUUCAAAAAUAGUUCGGGCUGGCAGAAAUUGUGGGUGGUUUUUACGUCAUUCUGCUUGUACUUCUACAAGAGCUAUCAGGAUGAAUUUGCCCUGGCCAGUUUGCCGCUAUUGGGAUACACAGUUGGUCCUCCGGGAGUUCAGGAUGCCCUCCAGAAGGACUUUGUCUUCAAGCUAUCCUUCAAGAAUCACGUUUAUUUCUUCCGUGCCGAAAGUGAACAUACAUACAACAGGUGGCUGGAGGUUCUGCGGAGCACUACUCAGACGCAGGACUUCAAAAAUUUAUCGAAUAACUAA